UUGCAAGUUACAUGGCACAAUUCAAAGACUGUUUUUGUGCUUCACAUGCUCCUUUCAAUACAGUUGAUUGGACGCAGACUGGACUGUAUAAUCGGACCUUAGCCAGUAAGAUCCUUAAGGGAAUUUUGGCUUCGAGGUAGUUUCACUACGUUGUUGCAGCUAAGUAUGAAUGCCACUGACUCUGGACUGAGCGAACCUGUAGGGUUUGAGACUGUGGUUGUGUGCAUACUUGUGCUCACUUUCUUGAGCGGUUUUGUCACCGGUGGUUGCACAGUAUGGCUGUGUUGGUCGAAACCUCGAAAGGGCGCUGGUGUGGAUCGCUCUGUGAUGACCAAUGAUAGCUUACGGGAGGGUCCAAGUUCCUUGGAGUUUGUGAUUUUUCCGGCAGCUGGUGAAAAGUAUCACACUCAGACUUGUCACCAUGUUUUAGCCAGAGCUAAUGCAGUGACCGUUUCACCUGCAACUGUCAGGCAUAGAGGUGUGAGGUUGAUUCGACCGUGUGAGGAUUGUCAACCUUUACGAUAAUCCGGACCGUGGUCCGCCUUAGUCAGCUGUUGUACCUGGACGUUUGUGUGAAACAGAUCUGUCCUGCUUUGCUUGCCUGCUUGUGUGGGUGUGUAAAGAUACUUUUGAGACCAUUCGCCUCCGUGCGAAGCCAUGGAAUCUUGUGGUCUAUGUACCUCUGGAUACUGAACUGGUAGAUGAACCUUCAUUGACUGGGACGGUGUUCCUUAUGUAUGUCUAGCUGGAUUGUGGUGGGAGACGAUUCUUCGACUUCUAUGGCAGUCUAUGUUGGAGCAAUAUAUCUACUUUCAUUCUGGCGUGGCUGCAUCUUUGGACUUCGUCUAUUGGAGCAAUCAUUCGAGGAUGAUUUUGUGAAUAAUGUGAAUACAACUGCUCGUGCUGAGUUCUAUGAGUCUGGGAUUGAUCCAUCUUCAUUCAUCUCGAAAGGAGGUGCGAAUAUUCUGGGCUGAUAUUGACAAAUUUGGUGCGAGAUGAAUUUGUAGUUGUUGCAGUCAUCGUUGCAGUCGUGAGACAUUGACAAUGACGUUGCAGUCAAUUUGGUGCAUUGACAUCUAACAAUCUACGAUCUUGUGAACUUCGACGUUGUGGUUGAGGAACUACAACUUGGAAUUCUGGUUUUAUGCUGUUUGAGACCAAACUGGCCGGAAUCGAUACUUUCCGAUGCCUUGCGUACAGGUUGCAAGUUUUGAACAAAGUAGGUUGGUUUUUCAUCGACAAAUGUGAAGUUGCUGGAAUCAGUUUUUGGCAAACAGAAUUCGUGACCUAUUUUGUUUUGACCGAACGAGUUUGAACUCACUAUUUUGGUGGAACCAAAAUAGUCUGAACGGCAGUGUGAACUGAGUUGUUGCAGUUUGAGAGUGUCAACGUAUGUUUCCUGUGAUCUUGUGCAGGUGGCGACUUCACUGCUAUAUUGGAUGUUGUUUUGUCUCCUAAUGAUGACACAUGUCAGUCUAUUCAAGUAGCUUCGAGCUACGUCUUACUCACUGUGAUGAGAGACUGGCGUCUGAAGGGGACAAACACAUCCAUUGGGUGUGUGUUGUCUGCCUCUUGUUUGUGGAAGAAGAAAUAGAAAGAGAAUGGAAACAGUUUUUGGAACUAACUCAACCUUUUAAACACUUGGCUCAAGGUGAAACCUUGUGAAACUGUGAAGAGUUAGUAUAUGACACCUCUCGUCCUUGUUUUGGUUUGUGGUGACCGUGUGUAACUGCUGACCUGCUGCUGGACAGACUGUGGAGUGCAAACGGAAAAGGGAUCAGACUGAGUGAGGCCAUUGGUUUUGACACUUCGUGAACCUUGCAUUUUCGUUUUGUGUUAAGUAACUGCGCGUAAACUUUUGGCGAAAUCGGUUUUGAUUUUCUACGAUUCCGUCUUGAAUUGAAGAAAAAGGGUGGCCAAACGUAGGUUGAUUUGGCUGCAGGUCCCGCCGCAGCCUUUCAUUGACAUUGAAGCGCAGGUGGCCCGCUGUGCUGCCGAAAGAGAAGAGGUGUACACAUCCGUCUAUGCCGUGCAAAGACGGCUAGACGUUGAGGUCACCCAGCGGAACGAGUUGGCCAAGUUCGUUGACAGCGCCGCCGAGCAGGCCGAAGGUGCCAGACUCCUAGCCCCUCAAAUAGCUCGCAUGCGAGCAGACAUUGACAUGUUGAUCAUGGCAUUUGCUCCACCAGUGCCGCCACCACCCCCAGACUUUCGCAGACCGAUUUCUCUCAUCCUGAGAUGUGUUUCACCAGUUACAGUCCCUUAAUGUCGUCUGGCCGUUUUGACACCGUUUCCAGGGAUCAACAUCACUCAG